UUCCCAUCGCCGCCGCCCUUCUAUCAACACUUCACCAAGCAGAACCUCUUGCGCCUCAGACAGCUGCGGAAAGAAGCAGGCUUACUCGACAACACCUCCGACACGCCCUCACAUGAGAGAAAAGACAUCGACGUUGUCGCGCUCCCUCCCGAGCUCCGCUACCUGGUACCGCCUUCUCCUCCGUCUGCUAGCAAGUUCAAAGUAUUCGGAGCUGAAGUUGACCUCGAAGCCUCCGGCCCGAGUCUCAAAACUUUCGAAAUUGAGCAGCUCUACCCAGAUACGGAAGCUGCAAAGCUCAAUCCGCAGCCGCAGCUGCUUGCAAUGAGUCGGAGCUUGCUGACGACAUUCCUAUCUUUAACGGGUGUGCUAGCGAACGAUCCCGAAGCACAAGAGCCACAACUCAAACAUAUGCAGACCCUCAUGUACAAUAUGCAUGACCUGAUCAAUCAAUAUCGGCCGCAUCAGGCGCGGGAGAGUCUAAUCAUGAUGAUGGAGGAGAGAGUGGAACGCAUGAAGGCCGAGGUGAUGAGGAUUGAUGAGAGUAAAGCGAAGGUGGAAAAGUUGCUGCAAGGCUUGACUGACGGAAAAAUUGGACACGGCAGCGACAAUGUAACAAGCAGCGAAGACAAGGAAGAUAUUGAG